AUGGCCAGGAUGCAGUUGGACCUGGCUCUGAUUCAAGAACCCUGGUUCUAUAAGGGGGGAUCAGAGGGCUCACCGGCAGCGGGACGAGAUCUUGUAGCAGUAAGGUUGGAGGGCACUAGGGAGGGGAUACCGAGGGACAUAGUAGUCGCAUCGGCGUACCUUCCCUAUGAUCAGUCCGCAGGACCUCCAACCGAAGAAGUCAGGAGGCUGAUGGAAUACUGUAGGGGAAAGAACCUGCAGCUUAUCAUGGGAUGUGACGCUAAUGCACACCACAUAAUAUGGGGGAGCAGUGACACAAAGAGCAGGGCUACGUUAGAUAUAAGCAAAUCGGUGUGUAACUGGCAUGUAUCGGAUGAAUCCUCACUCUCCGAUCAUAGGUAUAUCAGGUUUGACAUAGAUAGUAAACAUACUCAGUGCGUGGAAAGUAGGAAUCCCAGGAAAACUAACUGGGACAAAUACAAGAACGUACUGGAGACAAAACUGGGGGAAGGCCCCACUAAGGCGACGACACCCACAGAAGUGGAAUUGUUGGAAUCGAGUAUCAGAACAGCAAUUCAUACAGCCUACGAGGAAAGGUGUCCUCUCAGGAGAACGAGGGCCAAGAAAAAGGUCCCAUGGUGGACGGAAGAGCUCUCGAACUUGAGAAGGAAGGUAAGGAAACUAUUCAAUAGGGCUAAAUCUACUGGAGCCUGGGAGGAAUAUAAAACCUUGCUCACCGAGUAUAAUAAAUCCAUACGCAGGGAGAAAGGAACCGAGUGGAGGAGGAAAUGCAAGAGCAUAGAGAGCGCACCUGAGUACAAAAAGCUCCAGACUACAAAAAGCACUGCGUAA